GUUUUUACCCGUUUCUGUGUGUCUUUCUCUGUCCUACUUCGUUCCUUCACUCGCCAUCAUUCUUCUUUCCAACACAAAACACACACACACACACAACGCACUCUCUCUCUCUCUCUGAAUCUCUUUCCCAUCUGUAUCUACAGAAACUAGUGUUGUUGUUGAUGUUGUUGUUUAUGGUGGUGUUAGUGUGAAUUUUCCACCGUGUUCUUCUCUUUCAUCUUCCUUCAGCUCCUUUAGAAAUCAGAACCCUGCAUCUCCCAAUUCCGGCCAUCAAUUUUUACCGCAGAAUCUCAAUUUUAUCGUCUUCUCCCAAAUUAGGAUCAGAAACCGAUACGACUCUUCAUCUUUUCAGGGACACAGUUUUGCACUGUUGCCCUUCAGUUUUGUAGCUCAAUUGAACUUCCGAUUCGUGUUCCUUCGGAUUUCGCGGCACGCAAAACAAUAAUCGCUUUUGGAUCCUAGCGUCGCCGUGUCGUGUCCUCUUCAGACACUAUAUAAUCUACAAUGAGAAGACUGAAUAAUGAGAAUGAAGAUGAAGUGCUUGCCAAUGAUCAGACAGGGUUACAGUUGAAUGAUGAGAGUAAGGGAGGACAUGCUGGUGUUGUUCUGAAGAAAGGGCCAUGGACAACUUCUGAAGAUGCUAUGUUGGUCGAUUAUGUUAAUAAGCAUGGAGAGGGAAACUGGAAUGCUGUUCAGAAGUACUCAGGUCUAUUACGUUGUGGAAAAAGUUGUCGAUUGCGUUGGGCUAAUCAUCUGAGACCAAAUUUAAAGAAAGGAGCAUUUACUGCAGAAGAGGAGAGGUUGAUUGCUGAACUUCACGCAAAAAUGGGAAACAAAUGGGCACGCAUGGCAGCACAUUUGCCUGGUCGCACAGAUAAUGAAAUAAAGAACUACUGGAACACCCGUAUCAAGAGGCGUCAACGUGCUGGCUUGCCACUUUAUCCUCCUGAACUGUGCGUGCAAGCAGUGCAAGAGAAUCAACAUGGCCGAGGCUCUGGUGGUAUUGAUUGUGGCAAUAAUAUGCAUCAUGAUUUUGUUCACAAAAAUUAUGAGAUUCACGGUGCAAUAUUUGACAGUUGGAAUGGUAGUCAGGGAAUCCUACCAUAUCCGCCUGAGCUUCCUGAUAUUUCUGCUUACACCGGUAUGCUGAAAGGUUUUGACUCUUCCAAGUAUUGUAAGUUUGAACAAAUAACAUCACCAAACCACAAGCGUCUCCGUGAGUCAACAACACCUUUUAUUGGAUCUGGUGGUAUGAACACAAAUUGGUUUUAUCCAUUUGAUCAAAUUCAGGAUAACACGCCUGACAAGAUUGCACAAUCAUUUGGCAUGCAAUCUCCCUUUGAUCUCGGACCCUCUCCACACAGCUCCAUUUGUUACAGUCAUUCACUUUCGAAUGGCAAUUCCUCUACUUCUAAGCCGGCUUAUGAGGCUGUGAAGUUUGAGCUCCCUUCACUCCAAUAUCCAGAAACUGAUGUAGGUAGCUGGAGUACAUCUCCACCACCUCCUUUACUUGAGUCAGUUGAUGAUUUCAUUCAAUCUCCUUUGCCAGUUAGUGCACUGGAGUCAGAUUGUUCUUCCCCACAAAAUAGUGGCCUGCUGGAUGCUUUACUUUAUCAGGCUAGGACUCUGAGCAAUUCAAAGAACCAUUAUUCUGACAAGAGUUCAAAUUCAUCUACCGCAACUCCUUGUGACAGAGCGCUCAGCUCCACUCUGAACAAGUAUGAGACAGACUGGGAAGACUACACUGACACUAUAUCACCAUUCGGUGCAACUUCAAUAUUGAAUGAGUGCACUGUUGCUAGUGCCAGUGCAAAUUCAUUGGAUGAACACCCAACAGUUCGUUCCUUUAAUGACAACAUUGUGAAAACAGAGAAUGUUGAUCAGGUUUGGUCCCCGAACAGUGAAAAUCAAGGCAUGUCUGCGAUCAAAAUUACCCGGCCAGAUGUUUUGCUUGCUUCGGAUUGGCUUCAGCAGGGUUCGGGGCGUGACAUGAGGCAAGGCAGCAUGGCUGAUGAUAUACCUGCCCUUCGCGAAGAUGAUUUAGCCACCGACUCCAAGCAUACAAGGUCUGGAACUUCUCUGUUGAGUCAGGUAUGUGGGUUUGGUUCUUGCGCAAGGAGCGUCAUGCCUGCUUUCUGUCAAGGUUCCGAUCGUGGUUAAGAAAAUCCUGAGAUGUCUAAUUUGAAAGAAAAAUUGCGUAUUUCAUUCUUGUUACCUUUUUAAGCAUGUUUUCUAUGUGUGAUUUACUAUGUGUGAUUUAUAGUACCAAAAUACAUGGUUAGAGAAUCAUGUUUUCCUGUGGCUUUGUCAAUUUUACUGCUAAAAAUUGUGAUAAUAUUGAAUACUAUUCACCCGGGAUUAUUAUCUGUGGCAUUUAUGUCGGGACCACUCGUCAUAUAAUAGACAAUAAUUCUUAGUUCAGUUUAACCUUCAUUCCUUGUGUGAAUUCUACUUACUGCCAUAUUACUUUGCUAAGCAACAUAUAUAUCCCCUGACAAAUCUAACUCUACAG